AUGCCAUGCCCACCAUAUUCCGAUCUCGAAUCUGGUAAUCUACCUCCUUCAUAUGGUAUUCAGCCACCCGCACCUGAGCCCGUCUAUGUGCGCGAAAAAAAGCAUGAAGCGACGACUGACUCGUAUAGAGCAGGAUAUCCAACAGCAUCCGCCUCAGUUGAAGCUGUCCCAUCGGUUUCUGAGCGUCAGUUGGCUGUCGUAUCAGAAAACGGACGUGUGGUGCAGUUUAACAAAUCAAGGGACACGAUGGUGAGUACUAUGGUACAAGCAAAUUAUCCGAUGUUUGUUCCAUCAGAUGCAGUUGACGGAAAUGGAGACGAAUGUAUUGAGGGUAGUAAAUUAAUACGAAAGCCUCCGCAAAUUAAAACCGAGAAAGGUAAUCUUGUGCCCAUAUUAGUUGACGAUCAGACGCCUGACGAAUCAAAAGAAUUGCAUUACUUUGAGGUUACUGUUCUGUCAAACCCAAAGUCUAAAGACACUACAAUAGCAAUAGGUCUCGCCACAAAGCCUUAUCCACCAUUUAGGCUUCCGGGUUGGAACCUUUACUCGGUUGGAUACCACUCCGAUGACGGCUGUAAAUUCGAUAAUGCGUAUGGGGGCCGCGACUAUGGUCCCGAGUGGGGUAAAAUUGGAGACACUGUCGGAUGUGGAUAUUAUCCAAACACCGGAUUUGUAUUUUUCACUAAAAACGGAGAGAAUAUUGGUAACCUACAGUCGGAGCUCAUGGGCCAUGUAAAGUAA